UGCGCGUGCGCGGCGGCCCCGCCCCCGCCCGGCCUCGCUCUUCCCAGAGGCACAAGGGGCGUCCGCUUCGCGCUGCUGGGCGGCUUCUCUCAGGCCUGCGCGCGCUCCGCGGCUCUGGGGGUCUCCCGCCUCCUCGUCAGUCUCGCCGGGUAGCCAUGGCGUGGCUGAGGCGGCCCGAGACCGGCGUCGGGGCUCGCGGCGCGCUGGCGCUUCUGGUCCUGGCCCUGUGCGCGCCCGGGGUCCGGGGCCGGGCCCUCGAGUGGUACUCGGCCAUGGUGGGCACCGAGUACGUGGAGCCGCGCACGAACCUGACGGUGCGGAGCGUGUCGGAGAGCGGCCGCUUCGGCGACAGCUCGCCCAAGGAGGGCGCGGAGGGCCUGGUGGGCGUCCCGCUCGCUCCGGACGGAGACCCCGAGGGCUGCACGCCCGACACGACCUUCCUCGUGCCCGCGCCCGGCGGCUGGGGGGCCGCGCCCUGGGUGGCCCUGGUGGCGCGCGGGGGCUGCACCUUCAAGGACAAGGUGUUGGUGGCGGCGCGGAGGAACGCCUCGGCCGUGGUCCUCUACAACGAGGAGCGCUACGGGAACCUCACGGCGCCCAUGUCCCACCCCGGAACAGGAAAUAUAGUGGUCAUUAUGGUUAGCUAUCCGAAAGGAAGAGAAAUCUUGGACCUGGUGCAAAAAGGAAUUCCAGUAAAGAUGACAAUUGGGAUUGGCACCCGUCACGUACAGGAGUUCAUCAACGGUCAGUCUGUGGUGUUUGUGGCCAUUGCCUUCAUCACCAUGAUGAUCAUCUCAUUAGCCUGGCUAAUAUUUUACUAUAUACAGCGUUUCCUGUAUACUGGCUCACAGUUUGGAAGUCAGAGCCAUAGAAAAGAAACUAAGAAAGUUAUUGGCCAGCUUCCACUUCAUACUGUAAAGCAUGGAGAAAAGGGAAUUGAUGUUGAUACUGAAAAUUGUGCAGUGUGUAUUGAAAAUUUUAAAGUAAAGGAUAUUAUCAGAAUUCUGCCAUGCAAGCAUAUUUUUCAUAGAAUAUGCAUUGACCCAUGGCUUUUGGAUCACCGAACAUGUCCAAUGUGUAAACUUGAUGUCAUCAAAGCCCUGGGAUAUUGGAGUGAGCCUGAGGAUGUACAGGAGAUGCCUGUUCCAGAAUCUACCCCGGGAAGUGUUUCAGCUAUAAAUUUGAGCAUCACUUUACAAGAUGAUGACAGAAGUGAUGGGAGCAAUUUACCAUCGCCUUCCACUAAUGAAUCUGUGCCGCAGUGUGAUGCCAGCUUUAAAGAAGAUGCAGGUGAAAACACAGCAUUACUAGAAGCCGGCAGGAGUGACUCUCAGCGUGGAGGACCCCUCUCCUAGCGCAUGUGCCCACCAAUGGCAUCCACCGAUGGAGCUUGGCUUGAACAAAAGGACAUUUUAUUUUUUUUACUUUAGCACAUAGUUUGUAUAUUUGAAAAUAAUGUACAUUACUUUACUUUUCAGAUUCUGAUUUGAUAUACAAAGGGCUGAAAUAUUUUAUUCUUAGAGACUUUUUGAUUAGUCUUCAUAUAUUUAUCUACUAAAAUAUAGUGUUUACAGUAAACAAUGUGUUGUUUCAGACUAUUGCAAAGAUGAUGACUAAGGAAGGCACUCUAAUGUAAAGGACGGUGGUGCUUGUAAACGCCAGACUAGCCACUCCUGUACUGUAGAACAAAUUCUGUUUCUCAAGGUUUUUAGACUAAGCACACCAAUUUUAGACUAGUUGAAGUGAAACUGUGUGAUUAAGUUCAAUAAUUGAUCACAUGGGCUUUCCCUGGAGGAAGGACUUUUUUAGAACUUUAAACUUGUAACUGAGAUGAGAAAUCUACAGCUUUCUUGAACAUCUGUAUAUAGAGAUUUCAAAAUCUGAGAAGUCUUGUUCAUUGUUUGGAAUUUGAGAAAAGCAUUAGAUGAAUUUAAGAUCUGCAUUUUUUUCCCUUUAUUACUUAGUUGAACAUCUGUAUAUAGAGAUUUCAAAAUCUGAGAAGUCUUGUUCAUUGUUUGGAAUUUGAGAAAAGCAUUAGAUGAAUUUAAGAUCUGCAUUUUUUUCCCCUUUAUUACUUAAUUUCUUGUGAUACCUCAACGGGGAGGGAAAUUUCAUUUUUCCUACAAAUAAAAAUGCUGAGAUUUGGUAUUGCACCUGAGCAUUGAGUUCCUCAUUGCCUCGUUAAGGAAAUCUAGUAGACAUACUGUGAUUGUUUUUUUUUUUAAUGAUGAAUGUAUUAUAUUGGUUCCAAUUGCGAUUUAAUCUUUACAAUUAAAAGGGUGAAAAAUGGAGAA